GGGAGCGAGGAAGGAGAAGGAGGAGAGGCCGUUGUAUCGUAAACCGCGUCACGAACACAUAACACAACGGCCUCUUAGUUUCGCCUUCUCGAUUAAUUCCUUUUUUUUUUAAAAUAACUUUUUUUCCUCAGGAUUUUUUUUUUAAAAAUUGUCCCCAAUAUUUGUUCUUGUUCGUCAAUACUUUCUGGUUUUUUUUUCCAUUUGUUUUUUCUGUUAAAUCGGUUGGGUUCUUCGAUGGAUCACCAUCACCUGCUCCUUCUCCUUCUCGGCCUUCGUCAAUCGUCUUCUUCCCGGUAACGGAGAGAGAGAGAGAGAGAGAGAAGAAAUUUGCGUGCGGAAUCGGGUCGUGGUUUGGGCAUACCAUGAUUUCUCGUUAUGCGUUGGCUUCAGCACAUAUCGUUCUCUUCGUCUCCGUCUUCUUCGCCUUCGUCUUCGUCUUCGUCUUCGUCUCUGAAGACGGCGUCGUCAUACUCUGAAUUCACCGAUCGCGAUCGAGAUCAGGGCCGUUUUCGUCGUCGCGGUUUCCGGUUUCACGGCCCGAAGCUCACGCGCCAAAAGAAGCUCCGGCACUUGACGGAUCUCGAUAUCUGGAGAGGUAGGUUGUCUCCUUCCGCGGCUGAGCGUGGGUUGACUCGGUCACCCAGCGCCCACGCGACGAUCCCUCGGUCGUCUUCCGCCGUGCCGUUGCCCUUGCCUUUGCCGUUGCCGGAGGGCGAUGGAGAUGGAAGGAAGCCGGCAGGGCGAAAUUCAGGGAACGGCAAAGGAGUCGAGGAGAGAUUCAGAGAUGGCGAUAGGGAUAGGGAUAGAGAUAGAGCCGAAGCUGUUGUCGAUCGUGUCUCCUGCAGCCCUCCUUUGAUCAGUGCCGAUGCUUCUGUCCGUGACUGGAGGAGGACCACGGAGAAUUCGAAUGCAGCAGCUCAUCCAGAUUUGAGUAGCAGCCCCAGAAAUGGGUAUUGGGUGAACACUCCUACUAUGAGUGCCCCUACGAGCCCAUACUCGAGUCCUGCUCUGAGUCCACAUAGGAGGAGUUAUGGUGAGGUGUUACCAAUGUUUAACAUUGCUCCAAGAAGCAAUCAGGUCUGGUCGGCUCCAGAGAUGCCGCUCGAUGUCUCGGGGCUUCCUCCUCCAGCAUUUUACGACCCAUUCAGUACUGACAACUCCCCAAUCCAUAGCCCGCACCGGCAGGCCAGAAGCCCUGGUGGGCCAUCCUCCCCUUUGCAUUCCACGCUGUCCCCUGAACAUAUAGCUACUCCACGGGAUAGCGUUUCAUCGCCAUUACACCCGAGGCUUUCUUCUGUUGAUGUCACAAACCCAAGGCGUGAGAAUUCCAAUGUUCAUCCCCUGCCUCUCCCUCCUGGGGCUUCUGGGCCUUCUUCAUCAGCUCCUGCUCCCACCUCACAGGUUCCUCUCAAGCAGGACUCCUGCCCGAUGAGUUGUCAGUGGAAGAAAGGGAAGCUCAUAGGGCGUGGAACGUUUGGAAGUGUUUAUGUUGCCAGCAACAGAGAGACUGGUGCAUUGUGUGCAAUGAAAGAAGUUGAAAUAUUUCCUGAUGACCCAAAGUCUGCAGAGUGUAUAAAGCAAUUGGAGCAGGAAAUCAAACUGCUCAGUAACCUUCAGCAUCCAAACAUUGUGCAGUAUUAUGGUAGUGAAAUAGUAGAGGAUCGUUUCUUCAUCUACCUGGAAUAUGUUCAUCCGGGCUCAAUUAACAAAUAUAUCCGUGAGCACUGUGGUGCCAUGACAGAAUCUGUUGUUCGCAACUUUACGCGCCACAUCUUGUCUGGGCUGGCGUACUUGCACAGCAAAAAGACAGUCCACAGGGACAUUAAGGGGGCUAAUCUCCUUGUCGACGCCUCCGGGGUUGUCAAGCUUGCUGACUUUGGCAUGGCUAAACAUCUUACCGGGCAAAGAGCUGAUCUGUCUUUGAAGGGAAGCCCGUACUGGAUGGCACCGGAGAUGAUGCAAGCUGUAAUGCAAAAAGAUAAUAGCUCGGAUCUGGCGUUUGCUAUAGACAUAUGGAGUCUAGGGUGUACAAUUAUAGAAAUGUUCACUGGGAAGCCUCCGUGGAGUGAGUACGAAGGGGCGGCAGCAUUGUUCAAGGUGAUGAAGGAUAGCCCACCGGUUCCGGAAACACUGUCACAAGAAGGAAAAGAUUUCCUAAGGUUAUGUUUUCGGAGGAACCCGGCAGAGCGGCCAACGGCAGCUAAGUUGUUGGAACACUGCUUUCUAAAGAACUCUCAGCCGCCGACCUCACCUCCUCCUUCCACCGAUGUCACGACUUUCUCCCAGCUAUUCAACGGGAUGAAACUGUCGGAAGCUAACGGUGGGACUGGGAGGGAGAAGGCAUCAGAAUUCAAACUGGAACAGGCUCCGGCUUUCCCCAGCUUCAGAAACAAGAAAAAGGCGACAACCUCCUCAGAGAUCUUCACGAUGCGUUCUUCGUAUUCACCAGUGGGAGUUGGCAACAACAACGGAUUCCCCGUCUAACUUGGUUCAUCGAAGAAGAAGAAGGUGUAUUGUCAUCUUCGGAUUACGUGUAGGUCAAGAAAUGAGUUAGAAGAAAUCUUUACUCUCUGUUUUCUGGUUAACAAUGUAUGUUUUUACUUUUACGAGGGUGUGCAUAUGGAUGUGGUCAGCUUUUCUAUGUACAUCCAAAAUUUAAUUGAUUUCUUCAGUUAAACAUCCUUGUUUCCUGUCA